CAGUAUUUGCUUGCUUGACUUACCGCAAACAUAAGAUAAGAUAUCACCGAGUGUGCCUAUUCAUCUAAAUCAAUUAGCCCAUCGAUCUGUUGAACAAUACAGUCCAUAAUACUUCCAUCCUCGUAGUACGCAUCUCUUCGGAGCAGUUCGUUAACAUGGAUUUCACCGGUAAAGUCGUUCUCAUCACCGGAGCAUCUUCCGGCAUCGGCGAAGGAACCGCCAUCUAUUUUGCCAAGUUUGGCGCAUCGCUGGCCCUUACAGGCCGCAACGAGGCCAAUUUGAACAAAGUUGGCGAGGCGUGUGAAGCCGUAUCGAAGAACAAGCCUCUUCUCAUCAUUGCCGACGUGACGAAGGAGGAAGACAAUAAGCGCGUAGUCGAUGUGAUCGUCGAAAAGUACGGUAAGCUGGAUGUGCUGGUCAACAAUGCCGGCAUUAUAGGGAACGGGUCGAUCGAAAACACCAGCCUACAGCAGUACGAUGAGCUGAUGAACACGAACGUUCGAGGUGUGUAUCACCUGACCAUGCUGGCCGUUCCGUUGUUGGUCAAGACGAAAGGCAACAUCGUAAAUUUGUCAAGCGUCGCCGGAAACCGAUCGUUUCCGGGUAUCCUUGCCUACAGCAUGUCCAAGGCUGCGAUCGAUCAAUUCACUCGCUGCACUGCAUUGGAAUUGGCACCGAAGCAGGUGCGCGUGAAUGCCGUUAAUCCUGGUGUCAUUGUCACGGACAUUCAUAAACGCGGCGGAAUGGAUGAAGAAGCUUACGCUGCAUUCUUGAAGAAGUGUGAACAAACCCAUGCCCUUGGACGUCCAGGUGUGCCGGAGGAGGUUGCUUCAACAAUUGCUUUCUUAGCUUCCGAUGGAGCCAGCUACAUUACGGGCGUGACACUGAACGUCGAUGGAGGCAGACAUGCGAUGUGCCCCCGAUAAAUGGUUGGAUAGACGGAAAUGAACUUUCUUUCGUGUGAACGCAUUUCAAGUGAUUAUGAAAAUAAUGCAUGGCAUUUUAUUCCAACAGUAUCGAAAUAAAAUAAGAUAGAAGG